AUGGUAUUUAAUAAUUGUUUCUAUAAUGCAAACUCUAAGGUAGUUUGCGUUGACAAUGAGAGGUUAGCCCUUCUCCAGUUCAAGCAAGAUCUCAGAGACCCUGCAAACCGGCUUUCCUCCUGGGUUGGUGAGAACUGCUGUAAAUGGAUGGGAGUUAUCUGUGAUAACGUGACCGGUCGUGUCAGUGAGAUUCACCUGCGCAAUCCAUACAUUAAACCUGUUGGUGAUUAUGAAACUAAAGCUGAAUCUGAAUCCGAAUACGAAUCUGAAAUUGAUGCUUAUUGGCGGUCUCAGUUACGUGGUAAAAUAAGCCCUGCGUUGCUUAAUUUGAAUCACCUCGAGCACUUGGACUUGAGCUGCAACCACUUUGAAGGGAUUAAAAUUCCGGGCUUCAUUGGUUCCCUCAAGAACUUGAGAUAUCUAAACCUUUCUCAGUCAAAUUUCGGGGGAGUCAUUCCAUAUCAACUUGGGAAUCUCUCGAGGUUGCGUUACCUCAGUCUCGAUGUCGCCGGUGCAAGUGCCGAGAACUUGCAAUGGCUUUCUGGUCUUCCUUUGUUGAAACACCUGGUUAUGAGUGGGGUGAACCUAAGCAAAGCAUUUGAUUGGUUAAAGGUGACAAACAACCUUCCUUCUUUGGUUGAACUAUACUUGUCCAAUUGUGAACUUACUUAUAUCCCUCAUCUACCAAAUAUUAACUUUACUUCACUUGCCAUCCUUGAUCUUUCAAGUAACAAUUUCGAAACUAUGCAACCAGGAGGGAUUUUUAGUUUGGGUAGUCUAGUUUCCUUAGACCUCAGUUUUUGCCAAUUGUAUGGUUCAAUUCCUGCUGUUCUUCGAAAUAUGACAAGCCUGAGAGAUCUCAAUUUGUACUACAAUUAUUUCAAUUCUACUAUACCAAACUGGUUGUAUGGUUUUAGCCAUCUCGAGUUCCUCAAUUUUGGGUUCAAUUCAUUGCAAGGUGAACUAUCCAGUGAUGUUAAAAACCUUACUUCCCUCGGGAGCAUUGACUUGUCAUACAAUCAACUUGAAGGGACACUACCUAGAUCAUGGGGAAAGCUUUGCAACUUGAAAAGAACUGAUUUCAAACGCAACAAAUUUGGUGGAGAUCUAUCACAAGUUCUCAAGAGUUUUUCUGGGUGUAUCUCGAACCGAUUGGAAUGGUUAAACUUGCGUUUGAAUGAGUUUUUGGGUCAUUUACCUGAUCAACUUGGCCAGUUUAGAAAUCUAGUCUACUUUUCUCUAUCAUAUAACUCUAUUUCCGGUCCCAUUCCAGUGUCCAUUGGAAGAUUAUCAUCUCUUACGAUAUUAGAUCUUUCUUUCAAUCAGUUGAAUGGAACGCUUCCUCAAAGUGUAGGGCAACUUGCAAAGCUGAGAGAGCUGAGAAUAUCUCGUAAUUUGUUGGAGGGUGUUGUGUCUGAGUUCACUUCUCUAAUCUCACAACAUUAA